AUCCUCUUUUGUUCCUUCCACAGCUUCAUGUUUCCUGUGGCAGGUGGUUUAGGCCCUCCUCAAGGGAUGAUUCCUAUGCAGCAGCAAGGAUUUCCUAUGGUUCCUGUCAUGCAGACCAAUAUGCCAGGGAUGAUGGGAAUGAACUAUGGAUCUCAGAUGCCUCCUGGAGCCAUGACCAUGCAGGGUGGGAUGCCCCUGGGGCCGAUGCCAGCGGCCGGAAUGCCGUACAUGGGACAGGCUCCGUUCCUGGGGAUGCGCCCGGCCACACCACAGUACACCCCUGACAUGCAGAAACAGUUUGCAGAGGAGCAGCAGAAGAGGUUUGAGCACCAGCAGAAAUUCUUAGAAGAAGAAAGAAAACGGAGGCAAUUUGAGGAGCAGAAGCAAAAGUUGAGGCUCCUGAGCAGUGUGAAGCCCAAGACAGGUGAAAAAAGCAGAGACGAUGCCCUUGAAGCCAUUAAAGGGAAUUUAGAUGGCUUUUCCAGAGAUGCUAAAAUGCACCCAACACCAGCAUCACAUCCCAAAAAAACAGGCUCUUCCUUGGAGGAGAAAGUCUUAGCAAAUGGCUCAAAUGAAUCUGAACAGGAGCAAACCCAACUUCAAACACCCGAAGCUGGGCACAAAGCCUCGGCUGCAAGCCAAGCUCACCCCAGUUUAACCAGCACUGACUGGGCUGGUGUAAGUGGACAUGAAAGUGGUCCCACUGCUGCAGAGGUGCACAAGGCUUCAGAACAAACCAGAGCAGUGGAAGAGUGUGGGGUUGGAGUGUUCCCUUCCCAGGACCCAAUUCAGCAAAUGAUGCCUCCUUGGAUCUACAAUGACAGCUUGGUCCCAGAGCUGUACAAGAAAAUCUUGGAAACCACUUUGACUCCUGCUGGAAUAGAUACAGCCAAGCUCUACCCCAUCCUGAUGUCAUCUGGAUUGCCCAGGGAGACGCUGGGGCAGAUCUGGGCUCUGGCCAACCGCACCACCCCGGGCAAGCUCACCAAGGAGGAGCUCUACGCUGUGCUGGCCAUGAUCGCCGUGACGCAGAGAGGAAUCCCUGCCGUGAGUCCGGACGUGCUGAACCAGUUUCCUGCUGCUCCCGUGCCCACUCUGAGCGGGUUCCCAGUGUCUCUGCCCGCGGCAGUGAGCCAGCAGGCACUGCUGCCUGCGGCCCCUCCGGGCUCUGUGCCCCUGGGCAUGGCACCACCCGUUCUGGGCGUUGGCAUCCCGGCCCCGCAGGCUGCAGCUCCAGCACAGGCCCCCGCGGGAUUCCUGCCCUCCUACCCGCCCGGACAGGUAGUAAAACCAGAAGAUGAUGACUUCCAGGAGUUUCAAGAUGCUUCCAAGUCUGGCUCACUGGAUGACUCCUUCACAGAUUUCCAAGGGGAUGUAGGUGGCUCCUCCAAAGCAGCCAGUUCACAGCACCGAAGCAGUGUUCCUUCCUUACUAAUGCCAGUGCCAGGUACCAAGCCACUCUCCUCAGCUGACAAGUAUGCUGUGUUCAAAGGAAUGGCAGCUGAGAAGCCUCCUGAGGGUGCAGCUGCUUUUGGAGAAGGAGGGGACAAGUACAGUGCAUUCCGGGAACUGGAGCAGCCAGCAGACAGCAAGUUCUUAGGAGAUAACCUUGCAGAGUUCAAGCCUGCAGGAGCCGAUGAUGGUUUCACCGAUUUCAAAACCGCUGACAGUAUCUCACCAUUAGAGCCACCCACAAAGGACAAACCCUUCCCUCCACCCUUCCCUCCUCUGCCUGCUCAGCCAAAACAGCCAACACAAACCAAGACCCCUUUGAAUCUUGCAGACUUGGAUCUCUUUUCCUCUCCUGGAGAAAACAAGCAGCCAUCCUUUCCACCUGCAUUUAAUACCUCCAAACCAGGCUCCUUUCCCCCCCCGCCACCUCCAUCCACCACUGCCCAGCCAGUGCCCAGCAAGAGCUCAAGCUUAGCUGAUGACUUUGGAGAGUUCAACCUUUUUGGGGAAUUUUCUAACGGAGCAUCAGCCACUGGACAAGAUGACUUUGCAGAUUUUAUGGCUUUCAACAACAGCAGCGGAUUUUCCGAGCAAAAACCAGAUGACAAAUACAAUGCACUUAAGCUGGAAACCAGUCCUGGCCCUCAGGCUGCCUCAUCUGCCAGCACAGGGAAGGGUGGGCAGAGUUCUGCCACCACUGCUACACCCACCAAGUAUGACAUCUUCAAACAGCUGUCCCUGGAAGGCUCCGGGGUGGGCUUUGAGGAGGCGAAGGACGGUGCGCUCUCCUCGGGGAAGAGUGAUGAUGAUUUUGCUGACUUUCACUCCAACAAGUUCUCUUCCACAUGCAGCAGCACAGAGAAGUCACUGGUGGACAAAGUGGCAGCUUUCAAGCAGGCCAAAGAAGACUCUGCUUCGGUGAAAUCCCUGGAUCUGCCUUCCAUUGGUGGCAGCAGCGUGGGCAAGGAGGAUUCCGAAGACGCGCUGUCUGUCCAGUUUGACAUGAAACUGGCUGAUGUGGGAGGAGAUCUUAAGCAUGUCAUGUCUGAUAGCUCUUUGGAUUUGCCAACAGUUAGUGGCCAGCAUCCACCAGCAGCAGAUCUAGACGACUUAAAAUGUGCCCCGUUUGGAAGCUGUAACAGUGGCUCUGCAGUCAGCAGCCUGGCAAGCUAUGAGUGGUCUGACAAAGAGGACAUUCAGCAGGGCAAGAGGCUCUCCUGCCCGGCCCAGCCCGCAGGAAGCGCAUCCUCCACGGCCACUUCUGUCCUUCAGAAGAAGGAGACCUUGUUUGGCAGCUCAGAAAACAUUACCAUGACAACAGUUUCCAAAGUGACAACCUUUUCCAGCGAGGAUGCUUUACAGGAUGUUCCCUUCGCAGCCUUUGCGAACUUUAAAGACUCCGCUCCAAUCUCCGGCGCUCCCGGUGCCGACGGCGUCGCAGACUUCGGGGAUUUCGCUAGACCUCCCUCAGAAGCUCAGGAUGCAGCAGCAGCUGACACGGCCCAGGAGGCAGAUUUCCUCACUGGGGGUGUCUCCUCGGAGCUGCGAAGGGAAUCCACUGAUGACUUUGGAGAAUUCCAAAGCGAGAAACCGAAAAUCAGCAAGUUUGACUUCUUGGUGGCAACUUCCCAGGGCAAGGUGAAAUCCAGCGAAGAGAUGAUCAAGAGUGAACUGGCUACAUUUGACCUGUCCGUGCAAGGGUCUCAUAAAAGGAGCCUGAGCCUAGGGGACAGGGAAAUCAGUCGCUCCUCACCUUUGCCAGCUCUGGAACAGCCGUUCAGGGAUCGCUCCAACACCCUGAGCGAGAAGCCAGCACUGCCUGUCAUCAGGGACAAGUACAAGGACUUGACUGGGGAGGUUGAGGAAAGCGAGAGAUACGCAUACGAGUGGCAGAGGUGCCUGGAGAGUGCUCUGCAGGUCAUAAAGAAAGCAAACGACACCUUAAAUGGAAUAAGUAGUUCAUCUGUUUGCACUGAAGUUAUCCAGUCUGCUCAAGGCAUGGAAUAUUUACUGGGGGUUGUUGAAGUCUACAGAGUAACCAAGAGAGUGGAACUGGGCAUCAAAGCAACUGCUGUUUGCAGUGAGAAGCUCCAGCAGCUGCUGAAGGAUAUUGAUAAAGUGUGGCACAACCUGAUCAGCUUCAUGUCACUUGCAGCUCUAACGCCAGAUGAAAACUCCCUGGAUUUCUCUUCCUGUAUGCUGCGCCCAGGGAUUAAAAAUGCCCAGGAUCUUGCCUGUGGAGUGUGUCUCCUGAACGUGGAUUCCAGGAGCAAAAAAGAAGAGAAACCUGUGGAAGAGCUUCCUAAAAAAGCCUUUAACUCUGAGACAGACAACUUCAAGCUGGCGUACGGAGGGCACCAGUACCACGCUAGCUGUGCCAACUUCUGGAUCAACUGCGUGGAGCCCAAACCUCCAGGUCUCAUCCUGCCAGACCUGCUCUGAAGGCGGCUGAAGAUGCAGCUUUGGCUCUAGUAAUGCAGGACUUGGGGUAACUGGUGGGCUGGGUUGGUGGAGAGGCUGGAGCUGGGGUUUGGCUUGGCAAUGUUUG